AUGUGCAAGUGGGUGAUAGCGAUGACGAAGUACGACAAGGUGGCGAAGGUGGUGGCGCCCAAGAAGCAGCGGCUGGCGGCGGCGCAGGCCGUGUACGACAAGGCCUGCGCCGCGCUCGCCGUCAAGCGGGCGCAGCUCAAGGAGGUUCAAGAGAAAUUAGGCCGUUUAGAAGAGGCAUUAUCAGAACAGAAUCGUCAACAAAGACUAUUAGACAACGAAGUGAUGGAUUGCAGUAAUAAAUUGAAACGAGCUGAGAUGCUCAUAUCUGGGUUGGGCGGUGAGAAGACCCGCUGGACACAGAUUGCGAAAACUUUACGUGAAACUUACAAUUCACUUACAGGGGACAUUUUAAUUGCUGCUGGCAUCAUAGCAUAUUUAGGACCAUUUACAUCGGCGUUUAGAAACGAACAGGUGAUGAAGUGGGCGCAGGCGUGCCACGAGUGCGGCAUCGUGUGCACGCUCAACUACAGCCUGAUCAAGUCGCUGGGCGAGCCCGUCACCAUACAGCAGUGGAACAUCGACGGCUUGCCCGCCGAUGACUUCAGCGUUGAGAGCGCUAUCAUUAUUAUGACAGCUCGUCGUUGGCCGCUGAUGAUAGAUCCGCAAGGCCAGGCUAAUCGCUGGAUCAAGAACAUGGAGAAACCCAACAACCUGAGCGUAGUGCGCAUGACACAGGCUGAUCUUAGUCGCGUCUUAGAGAACGCUGUACAGUUUGGACAACCGGUAUUGUUGGAAAACGUCUUAGAAGAAUUAGAUCCAAUGCUAGAGCCACUGCUGCAGCAGCAAACAUUCAGACAAGGCGGCGCGCUCUGCAUUAAGAUCGGUGACACUAUUGUGGAAUACAGCAAAGACUUUAAACUGUACAUGAGCACGAAGCUAACGAACCCGCACUACCUGCCGGAGGUGGGCGUGCGCGUGACGCUGGUGAACUUCAUGCUGGCGCACGACGGGCUGCGCGCGCAGCUGCUGGCGCGCGCGGUGGCGCGCGAGCGCCCCGACCUGCAGCAGGCCAAGGCCGACCUCACCACGCAGGGCGCCGAGCACCGCCGCCUGCUGCGGGACAUCGAGCGCAAGAUACUCAACGUGCUCUCCACCUCCGAGCACCUGCUCGAGGACGAGGAGGCGGUGCAGAUUUUAAACUCUGCCAAAGACAUGGCUAAUGAAAUCAAAGAGAAACAAGAAGUAGCAUUGAUCACUGAAAAACAGAUAGAUGAAGCUCGAAAUGACUAUGUACCCAUCGCAGUUCACUCUACUAAUCUAUUUUUCCUAAUUGCAUCCCUCGCAAACAUCGACCCGAUGUACCAGUACUCGCUGGGCUGGUUUGAGGGUCUGUUCACGGCCUCCAUCGACAACACGGAGAAGGUGGACGAGAUCACUGAGCGUCUCGCCAUCCUCCGCGCGCACUUCACGUAUUCGUUGUACGCCAACAUCUGCAGGAGUCUCUUCGAGAAGGACAAAUUGGUAUUUUCGUUACUUCUAACAGUAACCAUAAUGGUGGCGGAAGAUCAGCUGCAGCAAUCUCAUGUAAUGUUUCUCCUGGCUGGAGCCCAGCCCAGAGUGGUUCCGCCCAACCCCGUUAGCUUCCUGAGCCCGCAAGCAUGGGGAGAAUUUAACGGGUUCGUU